ACGAGGUCAACGUGGCAUUGCUUCUACUACAAGGUACACCCAAGUACUAUCGGUCAUUCUUAUCUGUUGUAUAUACCUUUUGUCCAAUAUGGCGAAGUUAACUUUCAUACUGCUUGCCAUAUGUAUCGGAUCAUCAACCCAAGAGACACUGAUGAAGUGUCAGAGCGGUGGCCGCACCUACAACUUUGGACAAACGUACGUGGAGGGCAGCUGCGACCUCUGCAGCUGUGAACUGACCGGGCCAAAAUGUCACAGGGGUGUAUUGUGUAUGCUGGGAAAACGCGACAAUGGAGCUGUUGAUACGCCGACAUGUGUACAAAACGGAGUCACCUACCACGUGGGUGACACCUUCAGCGACGGCUGCAACACCUGCAUGUGUGACAAGUGGGGACCACUCUGUACUGCUAUGUACUGUGGUCAACAACUCGCCAAGAGAGGCAGUACGUGUGAGUAUGCGGGAGUCAGCCAUGCCUUAGGAGACACCUUCUCUACCGGAUGCCACUAUUGUGUUUGUGAGGACACUGGCCCAAGAUGUGUUGCCUUACCCUGCAAGAAACGUCAAGCAUCCAAACCAUCGUGCACGCGCGACGGGAAGAUCUACAGCGACGGCGAGUAUUACGUUCAUUCUUGCCAGGAGUGCACGUGUACCGAGGGACAUUGGAAGUGUGGUUCUUACUGGAUGUGUGAGCUCGGACGAUAGUAGACACGUGAUCGGACGAAAUUCUAAUGUGAAUAAAAUCAUUUUGAAGACCA